AUGAAUCUGGGGGAUACGCUCCAAAUCGGUUCCCUAAAUUUUGCAGAGACUCACUUCAACAAUUUCUCUGCCAUUAUAUCCGUUUGUCCUUUCGUUCCAAAUUGGUGUGGAAAACACGAUGAACCACGACAAGAAUUACAAUUUGAGGAGCAUAUAGAUGAUUCUAUUCACCAUUUGAUAGUGCCAUGUCUAGAUGAUCUGAAUGAACCAAUAUUUAAGCACUUUGACACUGUAAACAAAUUCAUAGAUAAAUACAUAAACACAGGGAAGGUUUUAAUUCACUGCGUCGCUGGUAUAAGUAGAUCUUCUUCAUUUUGUUUGGCAUAUUAUAUGUGCAAAAAUAAGUGCGGUUAUGCCAAAUCGAUGCAUUUGCUAAGGAAUGUCUAUAGCAAUUCUCAACCUAACGAUGGAUUUGUUCGGCAGCUCAUCCUAUAUGAGAAGUAUAAAUGGUCAAUUCCGGAUUAUGACCAAUUUCUAUUGGAAGCUAAAACAUACUCUGAUGAAUUAAUUAAGUCCAACAGUGAUAGAGUGUAUGAUUGCUGUGUAUCAUACAAUUGUAGGAAAUGUAGAAUCCGUUUGUUCUACGAAAAAAACGUGUGGAAUCACAAACCAAAGCAAAAUAAAAUCUGUCACAGCAUUUUUAUCGAACCUAUGGAUUGGAUGAGCGGUCUAAAUGAACAAUCUGGCAAGUUGAUCUGUAAAAAUGAAAAGUGUUCUGCAAAACUUGGAUCUUUCAUUUGGCAUGGAAAUAAGUGCAAUUGUGGUUAUAGACAAAUUCCAUCUUUUCAGAUCCAUCUAAAUAAAGUCGAUAAAAUUCUUCUCGCUGACCCGGUGAAAUUCAAGGGAGAAAACCCACAACCCUUGUUCAAUUAA